AGUGGAUCGAAGCAAACCCAGGUCGGAACGCACCUCCUCUUGGAUACCAAGGGACAAGCCAGGCCCCUCGUGGGCAAGGCUCUUGCAGUCAGAAUUGUGGACCAAUAGUUAGAACCCUGUGCGAUGGAGCUAUUGCGAAGGAGCAAAAAACUGCCCUGGGUCUGAGAGGACGUCCUGGCAGAAGUGACGCCUGAAUCGAGGUGUAGGCAAAGCCCGAAUCCGGCUGGCUAUGGAAGCCUGGACCAUGUAACCCCGGCAACGGAGAAAUUUUGUCAGCUACUGUUCCCCGAGGGCUCAGAGUCUGCGGCCCAUUUAAGAGGGGGCGUGGCGGCAUCUGGCGGAAGUGCCUAAGGAAGGGGUGGGGCCACGAGAAGAGCGGAAGCCGGAAGUCGAGGCCUGAACUGCGCGUGGGGGAGAUGGCGGCCGACGGGGCUGUGGAGCCCGGGCCCCCGGCGGCUACUGCUGUCCCCUCGCCCGCCCCUGCCCGGGCUCCUGCCCCGGGGCACUUCUUCCGGCCUAUCAGCGCCGAGGACGAGGAGCAGCAGCCUACCGAGAUUGAGUCGCUCUGCAUGAACUGUUACCGCGACGGCAUGACGCGCCUCCUCCUCACCAAGAUCCCAUUCUUCAGAGAAAUAAUUGUGAGCUCCUUUUCCUGCGAGCACUGUGGCUGGAACAACACAGAGAUCCAGUCGGCAGGCAGAAUCCAGGACCAGGGUGUGCGCUACACUUUGACCGUCAGGGCUCCGGAGGACAUGAACAGAGAAGUAGUGAAGACUGACUCUGCCACCACAAGGAUCCCAGAGCUUGAUUUUGAAAUUCCUGCCUUCAGCCAGAAGGGAGCUCUGACCACUGUUGAAGGCUUGAUCACCCGUGCUAUCUCUGGCCUGGAGCAGGAUCAGCCCACACGAAGGGCAAAGGAAGAAGCCGUAGCUGAAAGAAUUGAUGAGUUCAUUGUCAAACUGAAAGAGCUAAAGCAAGUGGCCUCUCCUUUCACUCUGAUCAUUGAUGAUCCUUCAGGGAACAGCUUUGUGGAAAACCCCCAUGCUCCCCGGAAAGAUGAUGCCCUGGUGAUCAUACACUAUAACCGGACUCUGCAGCAGGAAGAGAUGCUGGGGCUCCAGGCAGAGGCACCAGAAGAGAAGCCAGAAGAGGAAGAUCUCAGAAACGAAGUGCUCCAGUUCAACACAAACUGCCCGGAAUGCAAUGCUCCGGCCCAGACCAACAUGAAGCUAGUUCAAAUCCCCCACUUUAAGGAGGUUAUCAUCAUGGCUACCAACUGUGAGAACUGUGGCCAUCGGACCAAUGAGGUGAAAUCUGGAGGAGCGGUAGAGCCCUUGGGCACCAGGAUCACCUUCCACAUCACAGAUCUCUCAGAUAUGACCAGAGACCUGCUCAAGUCUGAGACGUGUAGUGUGGAAAUUCCAGAGCUGGAAUUUGAACUGGGAAUGGCUGUCCUCGGGGGCAAGUUCACCACACUGGAGGGGCUGCUGAAAGAUAUCCGGGAACUGGUGACCAAGAACCCUUUCACACUGGGUGACAGUUCUAAUCCUGGCCAGACGGAGAAACUGCAGGAGUUUAGCCAGAAGUUGGACCAGAUCCUUGAGGGUAACAUGAAAGUCCACUUUAUUAUGAACGAUCCAGCAGGAAACAGCUACUUGCAGAAUGUGUAUGCACCUGAAGAUGAUCCUGAGAUGAAGGUGGAGCGUUAUAAGCGCACAUUUGACCAAAACGAGGAGCUUGGGCUCAAUGAUAUGAAGACGGAGGGCUAUGAGACAGGCCUGGCCCCACAGCGGUAGCAGUGGGCCGUUCCCGGCCAGCCUCCGGUGCUGCUCAGACUGCAGGGUUAUUUAUUACUAUUGGGAAAGACUGGGAGUGUCCUCCCCACCAGGCCUCGCCCUUGCGGGGAGGGCACCUGGUCUGAAUUGGAGAUCUACGCACACUUUCUAAACAGUUUGUGAUGCCAGUGCAAGCCUAUUGUGUUAUUUGACCUUAUUUUGGAGGUUUUGAAACAGUUUGGGAAGAAAGCCGGAAAAUGAACCAUGGGGCCUGUCGUUAUCACUUUGUUCCUGUCAAUCUUUACCCUCCUUCCAUACAACACUCUCUCCUCUAGGGUUGGAACUCUGAAGUUGUACAAGGUGGAAGAGAGCUACAGCUGGAGUUUGGGGGUUGGCUUUGGGUAUAUAAAAUACAGACUUUCAGCAGGAAAGGAGUCUUCUGAGGGGAGGGAGUCCAGCACAGGUGAAGAAGUUGUCAUUAAAAUGGUGGCUUUCAAACAGUACUGGCCUCUGAAUUCACUCUGCCCAGUGUUUGAUAUCAUGCUGGUAGAAUUCAACCUCCUGAAGAAAAUUUUCUCUAAUGUGGCCACUGUAAUUUGGGGAUUGGUGCUAGUGUUUCAUUCCUUCCUUCAGCAGAUGUGUGAGUGCUUCCUUUGUGCCAGGCACACCACAGAACAAUGAACAAAACAAAACUGCUUUCAUGGAGCUUAAAGUCUAGGGGGGCAAACUGACAGCAAACUGACAGGUGAAACAGU